CCGGAGACCGAUCGGGACGGCCCAGUUCGUCGCCAGCCCGCCCCACUGAUUUAUUCUAAUUAUCCUUCCUCCCCCACCAAAUCUCGCCGCAUUCCGGACCCAUAUAUCCCCUCCCCUCGCCGCCGAUCCGCCACGCGCGCGCGCCUCCUCGACCAAGCAUCACCAUCCGUGGCGGCGCGGUCGACGACAAGGCUCUGACGCGGAGAGGCAGAUGGACGCAGAGGCGGUGAGGACCCCUCCCCCGGGCGCGGCUCAGACGCAGGACUCCCCCAUGAGGCCACAGGUGCCCAGGUUCUACUACAAGAAGAGGACUACAGGCCACGUCAGAAAUGGCAACAAUGAUAGCAGCCCCAAGAUCCAACCGCCCAGCUCGCCAGUGAGCCUGUCAACCUCUGCCAUCCCCACCUAUCAUGCUGCAGGAGGGUUCUACGAGAUCGACCACGACAUGCUGCCCCCCAAAUCUCCAAUCCAUCUCAAGUCCAUACGCGUGGUUAAGGUGAGCGAGUACACGAGCCACGACAUCACUGUGAGCUUCCCGUCCCUCCAGGCGCUUCGGAGCUUCUUCUCCUCGUUGCGGGUGCCCAGCGCCGGGCCAGAACUUGACGAGCGCUUCGUCAUGAGCAGCAACCACGCCGCGCGCAUCCUGCGGCGCCGCGUGGCCGAGCAGGAGCUCGAGGGCGAGAUGCACCAGGACAGCUUCUGGCUUGUCAACCCCUGCGUCUUUGACUUCAGCGCGUCGUCUGGCCCAGCAACGGCACCGGACGCGCUGUCAUCGCCUGAAGCUCCACCGGCUCCGCCCAAGGUGCCGGCGAUCAGCUCCUGCCUCCUCGCCACCCUGAAGUGCGAUGGCGCCGGGUGGGGCGUGCGGCGCCGCGUCAGGUACAUUGGCCGACAUCGCGAUGUUGCCAAGGAGGCCAGCAUCGGCGGCUACGAAACAGAGGCCAGCGUUCGGGAGCUGCCGCGCCCGGAGCAGGAAGAUGAGAGGAGGAGCUCAAUCAGAGCCAAGAGGAAGCGGGACGAGGCAGAGGGAAGCAAGGACAAGCCCAGCAACCCGGCGAAGAAGAAGAAAAGCAAGACCUACAAGAGCCCCAAGAAGCAGAAGAAGCGCCACGUCGAGUCCAAAGACGGCGACCCUCGGCGCGGCAAGGACCGGUGGUCGGCCGAGCGGUACGCAGCGGCUGAGAAGAGCCUGCUCGAGAUCAUGCGCUCCAGCGGCGCCUCCCUGGGCGCCCCGGUGAUGCGGCAGGCGCUGCGGGAGCAGGCCCGGAAGCGCAUCGGCGACACCGGCCUCCUGGACCACCUGCUCAAGCACAUGGCCGGGAGGGUGCCGGACGGCAGCACGGACCGGUUCCGUCGCCGGCACAACGCGGAUGGCGCCAUGGAGUACUGGCUGGAGCCAGCCGAGCUGGCGGAGGUGCGCCGGCAGGCCGGCGUGUCUGAUCCGUACUGGGUGCCGCCACCCGGGUGGAAGCCCGGUGAUGACGUGUCCACAGGCGCCGGUGAUCUCCUGGUUAAGAGGCAGACGGAGGAGCUCGCUGAGGAGCUCAAUGAUGUUAAAAGGAACAUGGAGCAGCUGAGUUCUAACAUGGUGGAACUGGGCAAGGAAGCGAAAUCUGAGGCAGAAAGGGCUUACAGUUCAUGGAAGGAGAAGUACCAGAAGGUGGUUAAGGCAAAUGAAAAGCUAGAGAAGCAGCUGUCAUCUUUGAAGGACACCUACGAGAAUGUGGUUCAGAAACAUAGUAAGUUAAAGAAGGAGGUGCGGUCACUGAAGGAUAAGUAUGAUUUUGUAGUUGAAAAGAAUGAUAAGCUGGAGGAGCAGAUGGCUUCUCUCUCCAGCUCCUUCUUGUCUUUGAAGGAACAAUUUCUGCUGGCAGAGAAACUGAAGAGCAUUGGAAUAGAUGAGGUUGGUGUAGCCCAGAAUGAGGGGAGGCGGGCACUAGAUUAUGGUGGUGGUGAGCAGAGCCAGAGCCAGAGCCAGAGCAGGCAGCGAGCAGAUGUCCAAGCCGGCGAGAAGAGGACGGCGAGGAAGAGCAGCUUCCGCAUCUGCAAGCCACAGGGCACGUUCCUGUGGCCAAGCAGCACCGGCACGGACAUGAGCGGGAGCGGGGGAGGCAGCAGCGGCAUCAGCAUGGAGCACCAGCUCCCCCGCAGCAGCCUCACUAUGGGCCGUGCCACAGCAGUUGAGGUGGUGAUCGCGGAGGAGGAGGCGAUGAUGGGGAUGGGCGACUACUUCUCCACGCCGCCAUCGGCGUCGUCCACCACCAACGCCGGCAAGCUGCUGGCCCUGCCCAGCCCCAAGUCUCCCCUCCAGCCACAGCCCCUCUUCACCGCAGGGUUCACCGUCCCGGCCUUGCACCACCCCUUCGCCGGCCUCACCUUGCGCCACAUGGAUUCGCCGUCGUCGCCCUGCGGUGCUAGUCUGAUGCAGGGGGGGAUAAGGAUGGCCAUGCCCAACCUGGAGGCCGGAGGGAUGAGCACCGUGGGCACGGACCUGGCCCUCGCCACUCCCUCCUACUGCUGAAGCUCAACUCCUUCCCUUCCCCUCUCCUCCCCUGCAUAUGAAUGAGAUACCACGAUCGGUACGGUGAUAUCAUCAUAGGAUAAGAUAAAAACUGCACAAACACACAGAGAGGAUAAGAUAAAAAAAAAAAGAUUAAUGAAAGUGAGAAACAAGUUACUAGUACUACAUGGUCUCGGCGGUUCUCGGUUACGGUCAGUCACACCUUGGUUACGGUCCAGUAGCAGCAGUUUGCAAUUUAUUCGUCGGUUUCUAGUUGGUGUCGACUGUCGAGGGUGGAUGUAUUGCCGGAAACGUGACUUUGGUUGGUGGCUUACCAAUGCCUGUGGACUCCAGUAUGUCCGUCAGUUGCUUCGUCCGACUGCCCUUUUUGUGACACGUUUCAAUUGGAACGUGUGUUUUGUGGGCUCCAUAUAUAUAUAGACUUCAUAAUAUUUUUCUGAUUUA